AUGAAUUCAGAAUAGUUUAAUCCUCAAACUUAUGAAUUAUAGAAAUUGUAUUAAAUAAGAGAGACUUUACAUUAAUAAUAGAGAUAAUAAUAAUUGAAUGCAUUGUUGUAGUAAUAAAGAAUGUAAAUGAUGAAUUCUUAAACAUAAUAAUAAUCUCCUUUAGCAGUAAAAUAAUUAGAUUAGACCUAUGAUUCUAACAAUUAGUCGAAGUUAUCUUCUAGCAAAAAUGCUUAUUUGUUUUCUUAAAAAUUAAAAAAUAAAGAUUCAAUAUUGGAAUUGACAAAGAUGAUUCGAAUAUGUCCUUUAAAUGGUGAACAAACAUAAGAGUUGACAUCUUUAAUUGCUGAAAAAUUAUUGUUAAAAUAAUAAAAGGUUGAUUAUGCUUAGUAACACAAUCUUAUUAUUUUACAUUUAUAAAUAACAAAUAGAUUAUCUGUUGAAACAUUACAAUUUUAUGUUUUGUUGUUUGUAAGAUUUCCAAAUUUGCUUACAAUAAUUGGGAUAAUAGAAAAUUGGUUGUCUACUUCAGAAAAUGCAAUUGCAUAUUUGGAAGAAGUUUGUUCAUAUUUUAUUAAAGAGAUAUCUGGAACUUUGGUAUAGUUUAUUUGCAAUAAGGAUAACAAAAAUAAUUACAAGGUAAAAAUAUUGAUUAUAAUAAAAGGGCAGAUUAGAAAUGCUUAAACUGUUAAUUAAGUAUAUAGGUAAUGAAGAAUUGUUAUCUGCUUUUAUUAUGUUAGAUGUAGCAGAAAUGUUGGAGAAUUGUAUUGAACAUAAUUUUUAUAAGGAUACUUUCAAUGUAAUAGUUACCUUUUUUGAGAAUAGUAAUUUUAAUCAUUUUGUAUUUAAUUGAAUUAUGAUAGAAAUCGAUAGAGAAAGCAAUAAAAAAAUUAUAUGAAAAAUUAAAUCCAGAAUAUAAAUAGUAAUUGGAUAUGUUAAUAAAGGAGUAUAAAAGAAAUCAAGAAAAAAAUAAAGAGAAAGCUCUUAAGAAAACAGAUGAAGUUUGA